AUGCCGAGGAGGCGUCUAAUUCUGGCUGCAUUGCCAUCUCUUUCCAUCCUCCUCUUCAUCUUCUUCGUCCUCUUCAACAUCCACGUAAAAUCCCCUCGUGUAUCUUCCCUCAACAAUACCAUCACACCCCGCGAAAAGCCUCCUUCACAAGUACAAUUCAGCAUCUUGGUCGGAAUUCUGACACGCCCGGAUAAGUACGAUAAGCGACACUUCCUCCGACUAGUCUAUGGAAUCCAAUCCUCUCCUAUAGCUAGCAUUGACGUAAAAUUCAUCUUUUGCAAUCUCACCAAGGAUGAACAAAGAAUAUUCAUAGCUCUUGAAAUCUUGCGUUUCAACGACAUUAUCAUUCUCAACUGCUCCGAGAACAUGAACAGUGGCAAGACCUACACCUACUUCUCUUCACUCCCACGCGUUCUCUCACAACGAUAUGACUAUGUCAUGAAGGCUGAUGAUGAUGUUUUCAUAAGGCUCCCGCAGUUGGCAUUGUCACUAGAGCCACUACCGAGGUUGGAUUUGUACUAUGGGUUUGUCAUUCCCUGCGCUAGCAUGAACCCUUUCGUGGAUUACAUGUCAGGGAUGGGUUUUCUGCUAUCUUGGGACCUUGUCGAGUGGAUUGGGAAUUCUUAUAUUCCCGGAAAUGAUACCUAUGGCCCGGAGGAUAAGCUGGUUGGAAGAUGGUUGAAUACAGGGGACAAGGCAAAGAACCGGUUUUCGAAUAAACCAGCAAUGUAUGACUAUCCUGGAACUAAUGGAAGGUGCUCACACGAGCUUAUUCCUGAGACGGUAGCUGUUCAUCGGCUCAAGAGGUGGGAUCAAUGGCUACAUGUACUUAACUUUUUCAAUGUAACCAGGGAACUAAAGCUAACAAAUCUCUACAGUAUAGAUUGA